AUGGCCCGAUCAGCAAACCCUCGUCCCGUGACAGGUGGCAUGUAUGUGCCUGUCAUCACACCCUUCGACGACAAUGAGGAGAUCGACUUUCAGAAGUUCGAGGCCCACGUCCGCAAGGUCGCCGAUGCCGGUUGCGGUAUCGUGGUCAUGGGAACCAAUGGAGAAGCCAUCCACCUUAGUGACUCUGAGCGCAAGGCUCUCGUCGAGAGCGCUCGCAAGGCAGCAGGUGACAAGCCCCUCAUCGCUGGCACUGGUACCGGGUCCAUGAAGGAGACGAUCCGUCACUCCAAGGAGGCUGCAGCUGCGGGCGCCGACAUGGUUAUCGUCAUCACGCCGGGCUACUUCGGUGGGGCCAUUGCCAAGGACAGGCAGGCUCUCAAGGACUUCUUCCAUGGCGUGGCUGACGCUUCGCCCGUUCCCGUCAUGAUCUACAACUUCCCUGCUUGCGCCUCCGGCAUCGAUCUCGACUCGGACCUCCUCAUCGAUAUUGCAUCGCACCCCAACGUUAUGGGCGCCAAGCUUACCUGCUCCAUGAUCGGCAAGGGCGCACGCCUCGUCGAGGCCAUGUCCGCAAAGCGCCCGGGCUUCAUCGUCUUCGGCGGCUUCUGCGACAUCCUCUUGCCCGCCAUGAUGUCAGGCAUGCACGGCUGUAUUGCCGGCACUGCCAACUUCGCACCGCGCACCUGCGUCCGCCUCUACGAGACGAUCAAGGCUGCGCAGGACUCGCGAUCGUGGGACAAGCUCGAGGAGGCUCAGAAGUUGCAGGGCGUCGUCUCGAGGGGGGACUGGGCGGGAGCCAAGGGUGGGAUUCACGGUAUGAAGGCGUUCCUGAACUUGGGACCUGCCCGUCGACCACUGCCUCGUGCGAGCAAGGAGCAGGUCGCUAAGCUUACGGAGGAGCUCAAGGAGAUUAUGGACAUGGAGAAGUCCCUGGGCGGCGCGUGA